AUGACUGGCCCGCCGCCCCGAGUGGAAGUGUGUCCCUAUUGUAAGAAGUCGUUUAAGCGGUUGAAGUCCCACUUGCCGUACUGCAAGAUGCUAGGAGCGUCCACACCUGUUGAUCAGAAAGUCUCUCAGUUCAAGCCAGCUACACUCUCUCAUCCUCACCAAAGGAAGGGGCCAGUCAAAGACUUAAUUAGAACUGAGGAAAAUAAUCCGGUGAGAGAGAGGGGGCUAAAAAAUACCAAGUGGAGAGAAGACAGCUCUGAAGGGACAGUUAAGACCUUUCCUCUACGAGGAUCGGAAAAAUCAAGUAAUCAAAAAACAGGUGGAAACAUCAAGAAUCAAAGUCAGUCCUCCCUGAACAUAGUGGAAAACUCUGGACCAAAAGGGACUUUCCAGAGACAGACGAAGACGCAGCCUUCUGCAUCAGUAGUCACUUCAGAGAGAAAAUGUGCCAGAGAUUUGCCUCAAUCAGGAGACAGCAGAAUUAAUUCUUCAGAAGCAGAAGCAUCUUUACUGCUUGACUUAAGGGAGCCCUCUUCAUCAAGUCAAAAUAGAAAAUAUUCUUCAGCCUUACCUAAGGAUGUUCCAGUCCCAUCAGAUAAUCUGAAAUUGGACAGGAGUCUCCCAAGACAGGAGCUCCCAAUGAAACCGUUAGACAUGCCUGUUGAUAAUUCUCCUUCUCCCAUGAACCUCGGUGAUGGGGCAGCCAGGGUGUCAAUGUCAUGGUCAAGCAGUGAGAGAGACCCCAAAGCUAUAAGAAAGUCUGAGACUGGGGAAAAGAACCCAGAAUCACUCAUUUUAGAUCUUCAAGUCAGCCCACCGGGUCAAACCCGAGUGGAGGAGAGCAAGGAGGUUGUGCUUGGCUUGAAGGAGAAAGGACAUCACCUUCGUGUCAAAGUGCAUGGGAGAACCGGUAACGCAGAGAGAAGUCUGUCUGGGAGAGAAAUGCCUUCUCUGAGCGAGGGCACUGAGCGCUCCAGGGCUGCUGCCUUGGUCACGGGGAAGGUAGUUCAAAAUGCAGGCCCUGAUUUAAAGCCGUCUGUUCCAGGGGGCACGGCUGGCAACCCGCCCCUUUCUGUAUCACAGCCUCAUCGCCCAAGCCUUACCUCUCUGGCUCUGCAAAUUCUUCAGGAGGAGAAAGCAGGUUCCCGCCACCAUCAUCAAGAGGCUGGUGUUCAGAUGUUAAUGGACAGUGAGAAACAGGCUGCCCUGGAACUCAGAUCCAGCCCUCACCACCCAGCAUCCCACACGGGGCACCCGAGACUUCCUCAUUCCUCCUGGCAUCCCACAGCUCAGGCGCCCUUCACCAGCCCUGUGGGAGCUGCAGACAGAAGGGUCCAUCCCAGCUCCAUGGGGCUCGAGUGGUUUUCAGAGCUCUAUCCUGGUUAUCUAGGACUUGGGGUGUUGCCAGGGAAACCCCAGUAUUGGGGUGCAGCAGUCUCAUGGCCUCCGGUCCUCAGCCACUCCGAGGAAGGACUCUCAGAAGUUCUGUUGGAAAGAAGUUUGACCAAUAGAAGGCUCUUGGAACCGCUCACCAGGCUCACGGCCUCCAGCUUCUCUCUGAUGAGUCUCCUGAGAACACUCCAGAAAGGGUGGACCCAAUGCAGCAGGACCGUGAAGACGGGCGGCGUCAGCGGCAUCACCAUGCUCUUCACCGGCUACUUCUUCCUCUGUUGCAACUGGAGCUUCAAGCAUCUGAGGCUGCAGCGCUGGCGUAAGUAG